AUGUUGAACGAAGCAGACAUGCCACAAAGUGAGAAAUGUCUGCGCGUUUCUAAGGAUACCGAUACCGCGGCAGAGGAAAUCAGCGCAGGACUGUCGAAUGGCGACGAACCCUUCGUCCAAUGCGAAACUCUGAUCAAGUCUGACAGUCUUGUGCUGUACGAGGUAAGCUUCCUAAUUUUGCAUAGGAAACUCGUUUGUCGCGGCCAGUAUCCGCUGCUUUCAGCUUAUUUCGAAAUAAACUCUCUGUUUCAGAAGGUACAGAUGGGAACGAUUUCCGGUGUGUUCAUGCCCAGCGUGCAAAAUAUAUUUGGAGUAUUGUUCUUCAUUCGACUUGCAUGGAUAGUUGGUACAGCCGGUGUUCUAGAAGCAUUCUUCAUCACCUUUAUCUGCUGUGCUGUGACAUUCACGACCUCACUCUCUCUUAGCGCCAUUGCUACGAACGGCAUGGUGCCAGCCGGGGGUCCAUAUUAUAUGAUUUCACGUAACCUUGGCCCAGAACUUGGAGGUGCCGUGGGCAUCCUAUUCUACCUCGCAUCAACCAUCGCUGCUUCUAUGUACCUCCUUGGCUCUGUGGAAAUAUUUCUGCUAUAUUGCCUUCCGGAAGCAAAACCAUUCACCGAUAUCUACAACUGCUUUCGGGUGUUUGGUACAGCGCUGCUCGCCAUUGUGUCUUGCAUCGUCCUCGGAGGUGUCAGACUCGUCAAUAAGAUGGCUCUACCUACUGUCCUGCUCGUCAACGUUUGCAUUCUGAUGACAUUCGUUGGGGUGUUCGUCAACGUCAACGGUUCUGACCGACUGAAGUAA